AUGAGAGAUCCCGAGGAUCAAGAGAGGUCGAACGAUUGCAAGAACAACGAGGUCAAUGGAAGCUGCUGGAUUGAUGAUGAGAUGAGUGUUGGUUGGCCAGGCAUGACGGAGCUGCCGUGGGCGGUCAGCGCUGAUACACGUGACUUGGUAUCCGGCGUCGCCAGUUGGCGCUUCCAUUUUGAGUUUAUCCAAACUUGA